ACAAGAGGAUCUUGAAGCACCCAAUGAAGACAGCAGUGAGAAAAGGAACAGAACCAGAAUACCAAAGAAAACAGCAGAGUCUGGGGUUACUAAUAAGGCAAAUAUGGAGUUGCAAACUACGGCUUCCAGAAGAUCUUCACGAAGGGCAAACAAGAAUAUGUGAAGACAGGACGUUACUGAUGUACUUGGAUGAUCCUUGACUAUAAUAGAAUGAUGUUAUCUAUUUAUCAUUAUUAUUUUUUUGUUUUGUUUUGUUGAAAUAUGCAUUAGAAUAUUUGUCUUCAUUUUUUUUUUGUUAUACUGUAAACAAUCAGAGUGCAAAACUAAUGAAAUAUAUGAUAUAACUAAUUUGAUUUAAUACAAGGGAUAUUCCUGUAGUAGUAACAUACUUUAUAUUAUUCUCUUUAUAAGGCAUUACUUCAUACAUGAACUUAUGAAAGAUAGCAAGAAGAAAAUCACCUUAUAAAUCAUUAAAAGAAAAAGAAAUAAAAAUUUUGUUUAAAAUGAAAGAGUUCAUUUGUAACAAUCUCACAAGGCAUUCCACUGAUAUAUGUACUGAGUUUUGUUAAUAAGCUGUCAGCCAUGAAUGUACUCUGAAUAAAAAUGUACAAAGUAGUGUAACAAAUAAAGUAUAUAUAUAUGAAA